AUGUUAUCUACAUCUGCAUCUUCAGUUUCAUAUAGGCAAAAAGGAAAGUUGCCUUCUGCUAAUAGUAAACUAUACAAAGGAUUUGUACAUGAUGCUACUAGUAAAUUGUCGGUAGGAUCAAUACCUGCGAAAUUGGAACUUAUUAUAUAUAGAGAUUAAAGCACAAAAGCAUUUGGAUCUAGUGAACCAAGAUUUAAAUAAUAAAUGCCUGAUAAUCCAGGUCCUUAAGAAUAUGAUUGUGGUUUAUAUUAGUUUGGUAAAGUCCAAUCAGAAUCAAUUUCUAAUAAGGGAACUGGAGGAUUAGCAUGUUCUUAAGAAAGAAAUGUUUUUGCUCCAAAAUAUGUAAAUUCAGGUCCUGGACCUGGAUAAUAUAAUUCAAAUCAAAGCCUUAAUUCUUCAUAGUCAACUAACAAUCCUUCAUUUUUUAUGAGACAAUAAUAAUAAAAGAGUGUUGAAAAGGUUGAAGUGAUAAAUCCUGGACCAGGAGAGUAUAAUUACUGUAUUAAAUUAGAUAUGAUAUGCCUCAACCUAAAAAAGCGAAUGUAGUUAAAUAUGUGUUUUCAUCUAAAACCUUAAGAGGUUAAUUUCAAAAUAAACCAGAUAAUCCUCCUCCAGGUUAAUAUGAAGUCUAAAAUUAAUUAUCAAAACCUGAACAUAAAGGACCAACAUCAAGUUAAAUAUAUUUUUAUUUAGGUUUUUAUCCUGAUGGAGCUUAACUAAGAGAAAUAACACCAUAAUAACAAAUAGUAGCAAUGAUGCUAAACGAUAAAGAUAAAUAAAAUGAUAAAAUAUUACCAGGACCUGGUGAUUAUGAAAUUAAAUUUCCUACUUUUGAUCCAGAUUAUAUUGUAAAAAAAGAAUUAUCAUCUUUUGCAAUUCAACCUGGAAAAGAUCGCUUUGGAAGAUAAGAAAGAGAAUAAGAACCAGAAAAAAUAGGACCAGGUAUUUAAAAUAAUAUAUAUAAAAUAAAAGGAUCUUAUUAACUGCCUAGUAAAUUUGAUGAAAUAGCAAAAGAUAAAUUGUUAGUCUCAGGUAAUGUGUUCAUGUCUGAGAGUUUAAGAUAACCAUAUGGAGAUUUUGAUAAGAAAUUGGGACCUAAUCCAAAAAGCCCUUAUAUUUUACCAAAAAAAAAGAAUUUUCAUUUUAAUCUACAAAGAAAAUGGGUCUGA